CUUCCUCAGUCCGACAGUUUAAGUUUCACUUUCUUUUCCCCAGAAAGGGCAUCGCCUCUUGUUUUUAUUCCGCCUCUGUUCUUCAGCUGUUGUUCCUCGACCCAUCUACAUUCAACAGUUCUUAUGGAGGAAAGAAACAAAUAUACAUUCGGGCUCUCCAGCAGCAGCAGCAGCGGCGGCUUUUCCUUUGGUCAAGCUCUUGCCCAACCUGCUAUCAGCAGAACAGCGGGAACCAUAGAUGAUCUUGGGACAGGUACAACCGUCACUUCAACAGACACCAAACCUUGGUUUAAACAACCAGGGAGGGACUUAUCGAGAGUGUUCAGCAACAAGAAGGCGACGAGUAAAAGUGCAGCUCAACCGCAGUUGAAAUCUCACUGGAGAGAUGUGGAGUGGACAGAAGAACAAAAGACGAGCCUGAUGAAGACCGUCAGCUCCUACAAACCGAGCUGUGAAGAGGUGACUCAGGCUCGGAUUCUCCUCUUGGGCCCGGUCAGUUCUGGAAAGUCCAGCUUCAUCAGUUCAGUCCAGUCUGUGUUUAGUGGAAGAGUCACUAACCGGGCCAUGGUGGGCUCCUCCUCGACCAGCUUCACCAAGAAGCUGCAGUCAUUCAAAAUCCGUGAUCAGAAGGGAGAGGAUCCAAAUGGACUUGUGCUGUGUGAUGUGAUGGGCCUGGGGGAUGGAGAGAUGACUGGACUGACCCUCCAUGACGUCCUGUCUGUCAUUAAAGGUCACGUACCUGAGGGACACAAGUUUAGCCCAGAUCAGCCAGUGAGGUCUGAGACUGUGGGCUAUGUGAAGAGGCCAAGCCUCAAAGACAAGAUCCACUGUGUGGCCUUUGUGUUGAACGCCUCUAAAGUCCUGACCUACCCCAAAGGCCUCAGCACCACUUUCCAGCAGCUCAGAGAGCACAUCAGUGACCUGGGUGUUCACCAGGUGGCUCUGCUGACCCACAUAGACCAAAUCUGUAAAGACACGGCCAAAGAUGUCUCCCAGGUUUACAAGAGCCUCCUCAUUCGGGAAACGAUGAAUAAAGCUGGAGCUCUGUUGGGUAUGUCCACCUCCUACAUCGUCCCAGUGAAGAACUACUCAUCAGAGCUGGACCUGGAUGUGAACACUGAUGUGCUUCUGCUCAGUGCUGUCGACCACAUCCUGCAGUAUGCUGACCUGUAUUUCCAGGACAGUACACCUCAACACACAGGGCUUAAGCUAGAUUUGUAAAUAAUCAUUUAUGAUACAAUGUCAACAGUUGAAGAGCAACUUCAAUUUUAAACCCUCUGUGGGAAGGGAAAAUGUCAGUGUGGCAAUAUCAAAGCUAUAAUCACGUAAUAAAAUUCUCAUGGAAAAAAACUAUAA